AUUCGGACCAAUUCAAUCAGCCAAAGAGGCUCUACUACGCCCACCACUUGACCAUCGCUCUUUCCCCGACCGUCAGACUUUGCCCUCGAGAACGCGCUUUCCCACAGUCGAGCUUAUCACCAACUCGGAAUCAACAUGUUCGCCAGGCGGUCCAUCUCCGUCAAGGCUCUGCCUACCACAACCUCCUUCGUCCAGACUCAGCUACGAUGCCUGCACGCCAAAGUCGCCGCAAAGGACAUACCGAAACCCACUCCAUUCGUCCCAGAUGCUCAGACCUUCCUCACCCUCAUUGGCCGCAAAAUGUCCCAGCACGCCCAAAAGAUCCCCGACUGGACUGCUCUCUUCUCUCUCUCAUCACUACAGUUGCGCGAACUCGGCGUGGAACCCGCUCGUAGUCGCCGCUACUUAUUGCACUGGCGCAACAAGUUCCGCCAAGGCUCGUUCGGAAUCGGUGGUGACCUGACAGACGUCCAGGAUGGCGUUGGCGAGCUGAGGAUUGUCGAGGUUCCCGCUGCUUCUGGUACCGCCACUCUGACAAGCUCUCCUGGUAUGCGCAAGAUUAUUGUCAACGUCCCUGCUGGUCAGGACAAGCCUUCACGAUCGCUCGAUCAGAUCAAGCCCGUCCAGGGUACAAAGGUUAUCAGGUCAAACAUCAUCGGUGGUCCCAGUGUCGAGGCCAUCAAGGAGAAGCCUGGUGCUGCAAAGAUUGUCGCAAAGGAGGGUCUCUGGGAGAUCAAGCGUGGUCACAAGAUCGAUGGUGGUGAGAGAAGAAAGGCCGAAGUCAGGUACAAGAGACGCGUAGAGGAGAGAAAGACCACCAGAGGUUAGAUUUCAUCUUGACCCUUCACUGUAAAAUACUUUUGUACCUUCUAUCAUGUCCGAUUUCCUUGUGUAUACCAUUACAUCAAAUCAACAUAUAUUUCCUUCUU